UUUAAAAAUUGACUCAAACUUACAAUAUAUAUGGUCAAUCAAAUUCAUGUUGGAGGAAGUAUUAAAUUAAAAAAAUAAAAACCGCCAAAGAUCAGCGGGAAACCAAUCCCAAAAAUCAAAAUCACGGCCAACAAAAGCAAUAAAUUAAAGCGAAAGGUCCCCUACAAAUUCGAUAUUCCCCCCAAAUUAAUCAAUUACUCAACCACUCCACUCUUCCACUCACAUGAACCCGCUAUUUCAGAUUUUUCAAUUUAAAUGAAAAAAUUGCUCAACAAGUUUUCCCCAAUUUUGGCGCCAAUUUUUCAAAUCUCAAAUUAAUUUCACCGCAAUUAGACAAUAUUCUACGAGGGAAAAUCGAAACCCUAAUCCCCAAAUAUUUCCAAAUCCCGCCUCCUUUUUUCUACCCUCUUUUCCUAUUUAUUCUUUACUGGGUUAUCCAUUUUUCUUGCGCACAACCUGUUCGACGAAAUUCCUCUGAGAACAAAACCAAAAAAUAAACUAACUUAGAAAAGGGAGGAAGAAGAUGUAUGUAGUGAAGAGAGAUGGGCGUCAAGAGACGGUUCAUUUCGAUAAGAUUACUGCGAGGUUGAAGAAGUUGAGUUAUGGUCUCAGUGUAGAUCAUUGUGACCCUGUUCUUGUUUCCCAGAAAGUUUGUGCUGGGGUUUAUAAGGGUGUUACUACUAGUCAACUUGAUGAAUUAGCCGCUGAAACUGCUGCUGCUAUGACUGCUAAUCAUCCUGAUUAUGCUUCUUUGGCGGCACGGAUUGUUGUUUCGAAUUUGCAUAAGAAAACUAAGAAGUCAUUCUCUGAGACGAUUAAGGAGAUGUACACUCAUUUUAAUGAGAGGUCUGGAUUGAAGGCUCCUUUGGUUGCUGAUGAUGUGUAUGAUAUUAUCAUGAAGAAUGCUGCUCAGUUGGACAGUGAGAUAAUCUAUGACAGGGACUUUGACUAUGAUUUCUUUGGUUUCAAAACCCUCGAGAGAUCAUAUCUCCUGAAGGUUCAAGGGACGGUUGUGGAGAGACCGCAGCACAUGCUGAUGAGGGUUGCUGUUGGGAUCCACAAGGAUGAUAUCGAAUCGGCCAUCAAGACGUACCACUUGAUGUCCCAAAGGUGGUUCACCCAUGCUUCUCCAACUCUCUUCAAUGCGGGCACACCAAGGCCUCAAUUGAGUAGCUGCUUCCUUAUCAACAUGAAAGAUGAUAGCAUUGAAGGGAUAUAUGAUACUCUGAAGGAGUGUGCUGUUAUCAGCAAAUCUGCUGGAGGUAUUGGGGUUUCUGUGCACAACAUCCGUGCCACUGGAAGUUAUAUACGUGGUACUAAUGGGACAUCAAAUGGCAUUGUCCCUAUGCUGCGGGUGUUUAAUGAUACUGCACGAUAUGUUGACCAGGGAGGGGGGAAGAGAAAAGGUGCUUUUGCGAUAUACCUUGAACCCUGGCAUGCUGAUAUAUUCGAGUUCCUAGACUUAAGGAAGAAUCAUGGGAAGGAUGAGCAGCGUGCUCGUGAUCUCUUCUAUGCUCUCUGGGUACCAGAUCUUUUUAUGAAACGAGUUCAAAAUGAUAAAUUGUGGUCCUUGUUUUGUCCUAAUGAGGCUCCAGGUCUUGCUGACUGCUGGGGUAAAGAAUUUGAAAACCUCUACCUAAAAUAUGAAGAAGAGGGUAAAGCAAAGAAGGCUGUUAGAGCUCAAAUUUUGUGGUUUGAGAUACUGAAGGCUCAAAUUGAAACAGGAACUCCUUACAUGCUGUUCAAGGAUCAUUGUAACCGGAAGAGUAACCAGCAGAACCUUGGCACUAUUAAGUCUUCAAACCUGUGCACUGAGAUUAUUGAAUACACCAGUCCAACAGAAACUGCUGUGUGUAACUUGGCAUCUAUUGCUCUUCCACGAUAUGUGAGGGAGAAGGGGAUUCCUUCUGAGUCUCAGCCUUCUAAACUUGUUGGAAGUUUGGGUUAUAAAAAUCGCUACUUUGAUUUUGAUAAAUUAGCUGAGGUUGUUGAAGUUGUUACCACAAACUUAAACAAAAUUAUUGAUGUGAAUUAUUACCCUGUUGAAACUGCAAGGAGAUCAAACAUGAGACACAGGCCAAUUGGAAUCGGAGUCCAAGGCCUUGCAGAUACUUUCAUUUUGCUUGGCAUGCCUUUUGACUCAGCAGAGGCCCAGCAGUUGAACAAAGACAUAUUCGAGACCAUAUACUAUCAUGCUCUUAAAACAUCUUGUAAGUUGGCUGCAAAAGAAGGCACCUAUGAGACAUACCCGGGAUGCCCUGUCAGCAAUGGUAUUCUUCAACCAGAUAUGUGGGGUGUUACUCCCUCAGACCGGUGGGAUUGGAGUGCUCUUAGGGAAAUGAUAGCUAAGGAUGGUAUUAGAAAUUCACUUCUUGUGGCUCCUAUGCCAACUGCGUCAACAAGCCAGAUUCUCGGAAAUAAUGAGUGCUUUGAACCAUACACCUCCAACAUAUACAGUCGAAGAGUUUUAAGUGGUGAAUUUGUUGUGGUGAACAAACAUCUUCUUAAUGAUUUGACGGAGAUGGGUCUUUGGUCUCCUACGCUGAAGAACCAGAUAGUAUAUGAUGAUGGUUCUGUUCAGAAAAUCCCUGAGAUCCCAGCAGACCUGAAAGCUAUCUACAAGACUGUCUGGGAAAUUAAACAAAGAACACUGGUUGAUAUGGCUGUUGAUCGAGGAUGUUUCAUCGAUCAAAGUCAAAGCCUAAAUAUUCAUAUGACACAACCCAAUUUCGGAAAGUUAACCUCUCUGCACUUCCAUGCAUGGUCUAAGGGUUUGAAGACAGGCAUGUACUAUUUAAGGACAAGAGCAGCUGCUGAUGCUAUCAAGUUCACUGUGGAUACUUCCAUACUAAAUGAUCCAACCAAGACAGCCGCAGCAGCAGCAGCAGGAGCUGAAGAUGACAAUUCAAAACUAGCACAGAUGGUAUGUUCACUGACAAACCGCGAUGACUGCUUGGCUUGUGGAAGUUAAAAAGUACAUGAUCCAUGUAUGCAACAUAAGCGUUUAUAUUUAUCAUCAGUGCUUGUCUAGCCUAGUGGCAUAAUAAUCUGUUUAGGCGAUACUUGUUGCUUGUUUGAGAAAUUCAUGUAUAUUUUGCUGAAAGAACGAAUCCGGUCAAAACGACUGAAACAAUAUAGCUGUCCAAGCUGGGCAUCUUUGUAUAUAAAGUAAGCUUGGGAUAUGAAUGUACUAGUAUUGUUCUUGUGCUUAUACUAUUAUCAUUAUAUAGUGGAAUGAGAAGAACUUGUGGCUCUCAUUUUAUUUUA